UGCCUACUUGUGGGGCGCACGGAGGGGCGGGGCACGUCGCUCGUCUCUGCUGUUGGGAAGGGGAGAAGCGCCGCCAGGGACCGGACGGUGUUAAAUGCAUACGAUCAGGUGAAAGGUGAAUAUUUGUAAAAACGUAGAUAUUUUUUUUCUGAAGGCCAAAUGGCUUGUAAACUUGUCAACUUGUCAAAUAACGUACCACCAAAGACAUAACAAUUACAAUAAUCAUAAUAAUAUUUAUAUGAAUAAUAUGUCCUCGUCUGUCAAUGCUUGUCAGUGUCUCAGGCCCUAAUAACAAUAAGAAGAAGAAUAAGAAGAAUACGAAUAAGAAUAAGCAUAAGAAAAUAAUAAAACUAAUAAGAAGAAUAGGUCUAUAGGUCAUGUAAGACUGCUCCUUAAGGUAGCAGCUCUUAUUUGGAAAAUGGUGGAUGAAAUUUUAACAGGAUGUGUAUGGCUGAGUUUCUAUUUAUUUAAAUAAUUUGGAUCUUAUUGGUGAAAUCAAUGGAAACGACCUGCGUCGAACAAAAUGGAGGUGAGUUGUUCACAUGUAGCCACUAGAUGGCAGUGUAAGUUUAACGUUCUUGUAAGCAGCAGGACUCUUGGACGCCGUCCUGCUCCUGUCUUUUGUUUAGGAAUUGGAAAAUGUUUGAGGAGCUUGUGCUUAAACUUUUCUACUGCAAAAUUAUUACUGUUUUUGAAAUGCAAACUUUAAAUUAGAUGAAAAUGUUUGUCCACGUGCUUUCCAACGUUCAUCACAUUACCAUCAAGAUAUCUUAAUAGUAUGAUGAAUUAUAAACGUCAACAUAUUGUUUAGGACCAGGUAGAGUAGACCUUUAUAUAUAAUCAUAAGUACAAUAUAGCAUGUAAUGGAUCAUUUCAUUUAUUUCAAACAUAUUUCUUCAGGAAUAUUUAUACCGAAAUGCAUAAAGCGUUUACUUUUACACAUUUCCUGGAUAUUUUGAGCUAAUUGAUUUAAUUGUGUUCAGGAUUCAAAAAGAGAGGGAGAAAACCCCACCACAUAUGUGAUAAUCCCUCAGCAUCGCCGUCACUCCAGUGCGCCUGUCGUGUCGUGCGCAACCACUGGGGGCGCAGUAUACUCCGCGCUGCCAUGUCCCCCCUACUCGUCCCAGUCUGAGAAAGUUUCCAUGCUGGGAUGUAGUUGGUCACCCACUGCUAGGUUUGAGAAGAGGGCUGAGCCUUUCAAGCUGCUGGGGGAAGUUGAAGAGAGCAGGGGGAGGAGGAGAAGAAGGAUUGAUAUAACAAGAGCGGCUCUCGGUGCGCAGCGCAACUCACUCCAAGUCUUUGAACCGAGAUCGAUAAAGGGGAGCGGGCUUUCCAUUCAUUUCGAGUGCGAGCGACUUUUCCUCCUUGAGUCCGUGGCGCGGGUCCGUUCACCACGUUGUCUUCAUUGAUACAUUUCUUGACAUUUUCCUCACAACUGAACUACGAGACAACGAGACCGCAGCGCAUCUGCAACUUUUUGGAGACCUCCGAGUGGGGAAGUUUGUUUCCAGUUGCAUGACAUUUCUGUAAAGGACUUGAGAGCCUGUCAGAGUUCCUCCACGCACCGCGUGGUGUGGCAUUUCGAGCUGAAACGGGGAGUUCUCAAAUGCAAAAGUACAUGUAUGAGAAAGCUAUGGCACAAGAGACAAGGAACGGAGGAGCCUCUACGUUAAAUAACAACAACGGUGUUGACAACAGUAAGAAGAAAGUGUUAAUCGCACUCGACGUCUUCUGUCUUCUACUUGCUAGCCUGCCUUUCCUGAUCAUUGAGACUAGCACCAUAAAGCCGUACCAGCGUGGGUUUUACUGUUCGGACGAGUCCAUCCGCUACCCCCGAAAAGAGGGAGACACCAUUAGUGAUGCUGUGCUUUGUGGUGUUGGCAUUCUUAUUGCCAUCUUCUCUAUUGUGAUUGGGGAAUGCUUCAGGAUUCACCAGCUACAUGAGGGAACCAAGUCUUUCGUUGGGAAUCCCUACGUUGCAGCCCUCUAUAAACAGAUGGGUGUGUUUCUCUUCGGUUGUGCUGUCAGCCAGUCAUUCACAGACAUCGCCAAGGUGUCGGUGGGUCGAAUGAGACCCCACUUCAUAGAUGUGUGUAGACCAGAUUUCUCCACCAUAAACUGCUCGUUGGGAUACAUCACCAACUACACCUGCACUGGUGAAGAGAGUGAUGUUCAGGAGGCCAGGAAAUCCUUCUUCUCAGGACAUGCCUCUUUUUCAAUGUAUACCAUGCUCUACCUGGCUUUUUAUCUCCAGUCCAGGUUUACAUGGCGCGGCGCUCGUCUCCUCCGCCCGUUGCUCCAGUUCACCCUGUUGAUGAUGGCAUUUUACACCGGCCUAUCACGUGUCUCCGACCACAAGCAUCACCCGACUGAUGUCCUUGCAGGCUUUGUGCAGGGAGCCCUGGUGGCCUACUGCAUAGUGUUCUACGUGUCAGACCUGUUCAAGCCCAGGGUGAAGCCGGCCACGCCCCCACCCUCCCCAAUCAAGAAGGAGCUGCUCCCUUCAUCCGACAUCAUCGAGCGGAACAACCACCACAACAUGGUGUGAGAGAGGCCACACUUCCUGCGACUGAGGAGCCAAUCACAGCACUGCUCAUCUCCCAUCGGACAGUAGAAUGUAGCGACGAGAGACUGUAGCUGCCUCUCAACUGGCAUCCUCCUUCCCUUCGUAGUGCCCCGCCAGGCACCAUGUGGACUAGGGUGUCAGAUUUGAGAAUUGCACAGCAGAGUCCACUCUCACUAUCCAGACUUCUUAUUUACUAUUACGUUAACUACUAAUCAACAAUUGAGCCCAUCGUUAUGAGCACAAACAGAGAGGAAUUGGAAGCUAGAAGACAAAAUGAUUUAAGAAAUUGAUGACUUGACAGGCAGAGCUGAGGGUGUGGAGGUUUGAUAGAAGUGUAACCACAUGAAGGGAAAACACUUGUGAACAUAAAGAAGAAAAGAGACACAAUGAAAAGGAAAAAAAGACAAACCCCCUGCCCAGGGAGGGAGGGAGUUUCAGUGAUGCUUCCUCUCCGAACUCUCUGUGGCCUUGGAACGCCGUAGGACAACAACUUCCUUAGCUUUGGGAAGGAUAUUACUGCAAUACCUAGCACCAUAGAAAUAUUAACAUUAUAGAAAAGUAUAACUUAUAGCACUGUUUUUAAGUCCAUCGUCCGUUAUCACCACUUGCUGCCUGAGAUGUCUGACCGAAAGAAAAGUCUGACGAUGCUGACGUCCAUGAGACAGAAAUACUGAGCCCAGUGAGGUUGUCUCACAAGACCUCAUACUCAGGCAGGAUAAAGUUAGAAUAGCAUGGCUUUAAUAACCAUAACCCUUUGCCAGUAGACCCCUGCAAAGAUCACAUACACACACACACACAGAUCUUUUUAGGCCUGUAACAUAUUUCAGAGCAGUUUUUCGAGUGUCUUUCGAAAGUUUGGAAAGUGAAGCCCUCCAACCUCAUAUACCUCUGUCUCCAGAUUCAGCUCGUCAGGCUUUUUUGUGGUGGACUGUCAGUGCAGCCUAAACCCGGGAUGUUGCAUUUCUUGAGGGUUAGAUGUAGUACAGCAGGGAUAUUUUCUGUGGAAGGAGGGAGACGGAACCCACACACACCCCCCCAGCACCUGUACAAAGAGGCGCGGCUGUGCCAUGCCUCUCUCUGGCGCUGGGGCCGCCUGUUGAGCUUCCUAAACGGGAAAGAGAAUGGGUGGGCACAGAGAAGGGGUGCGGUCUGUCCCCAUGGAAAGAGGGUGAUGAUAUACAGCUAAGCUGGCACAUUAUUUUGGGAUGAUUUAGGCUCUUUCCGCUGGAAGGGAGGAGUCCUCUCCCCCACCCAAUCACUCAUUGGCAAUGGAUGUUUAUCCGUGUGUGUGCGUGCGUGUGUGUCCUGUACACUCUUGUGCUUGUACAUGUGUAUCUCGUGAAUGUGUGUGUGUGCGUGCGUCCGUGCGUGCAUUUGUGUGUGUGUAAAUAUGUAUGUGCACCGUGCCCUGUGAAAAGAAACCCCCUCUUGAUAAACUGUGUCAAAUGAAACACACACACUGUCAGCGGUGCCAUUUGUGUGUGUGUGUGUGUGCGUGUGUGUGUGUGAGUGUGCGCGCCACUGUGAGUCAGAGAGCGUGAGAGCAGGUGAACGUUAUAAAAAAAAAAACCUGUGGAUCUAAUAUUUUUAUUCUCUGUUUAGAAGCAUCUUUAACCUUGUAUGUCUAUAGCUUGUCUUGUGGAAUCACUAACAGUUGUACAGAACCAGAACCAGAAGCCCUUUUUAUUUUCAGCCUACUCAGAUAUCCUCCUCCAACAACACACUCCGCCACGUUGCACAUCUUUCUCAUCGUAUAGUCCGUCCUAUCAUUUCACAAAUCUGUUUUCACUCUCUCUUUUUUAUAAAUAUAUAAAUAAUGUAUAGAUUACUAAAAUUAACUCUGUAAGAUAUUUGUUUAACAUGUAUAUCCACUAUGAUUACAGACCUGUGUUCUUUACAAAAUGCUGCUUAAAAAGCAUAGAUUGACAGAUUUUUGUAUCUAGAUAACUGAACUAUUGUAGAUUGUAAUAGUUACGUUUGUAAUACGCAUUCAAACAAAUACAUCCACAAUUGUAUUUAAACUCAAUAUUAGUAUUUUUGUAUUGUCUUGUUUUUUUGUACAAAAGAAUUAGUAGCAAUGCUGUUUUUUUCUGCAAAAUGUACUUAGCUCUAAUACAUGUGCUUUUCAAUAAAAAAGCUCAGUAUGAACACAA